CUCCCUCUCGCGGUUAUCUCAAUGGAUGCAUUCGCCCUCCUCUCCCGAGGCGGUACGCAAUUCGACAAAAGGCGCUUCAACAAAGAGGUCAAUCUGUUCAGUGGACACAAGAAACAUGCUGAGACGGUAGCGUCUACAUCACACACAACAGACGAGUUUCCCGAAGAGCUGGACUUUUUCAAGUACGCUGAGAGUGGUGUGCUGGGUACAAAGGGGGAAGGGGCUGCAAAUGGAAAGAGCAGGGCCGCUGACAGCGAGCGAACUGUCGGAGUUGAGAGGCAAUCGCAGGGCAGUGGAUGGGAGGGCAGCGCAAAGAGGGGGACUAAGAGAAAACGGAGCUUGGAACCUGAGCGCACUAUUACCAGUGCACGCCGCGUCCGCUGCACGGGCGAGUCCGUCCCCACACCGAUCCACUCCUUCGUAUCCUUGCAAGACCGUUACGGCCUUGCGCCCGAACUUCGGAAGAAUAUUGCCGAAAAGGGAUAUCUAACUCCGACCGACGUGCAGACCCAGUGCAUCCCCGUUCUUCUCGAAAAACGUGAUCUAGCCGCGAUUGCCCCUACGGGAAGCGGGAAAACACUUGCCUACCUGCUCCCUGUAUUCUGUCUGCUCGGUGCCCCCGGGCGUUCAGGUGCAAGUGAAAAGCAGGCGGGCGCACGAGCGCUGAUCGUCAGUCCCACUAGAGAACUGGCAAUGCAGAUCCAUAAUGAGGCGUUAAAGCUGGCAAAAGGGAGAAAGUGGAAGGUCGUCGUGCUGAACAAGGCCACUGGGAACGCACUGCGGGACAAGGCAGCAAGGAAGAAAGUUGAUCUUCUCAUCACUACCCCACUUUCUUUGGUCUCCGCAUUGGACGAGGGCAUUCUCAACCUGGACAAUAUCCGACAUCUCAUUCUGGACGAAGCAGACCGCCUAUUGGAGGAAGGCUUCCUGAAACAGAUUGAAGCCAUCCUUGCCGCCUGUUCCUACCCCGAGAUACAGAAAGCUGUCUUCAGCGCGACACUACCCGCUGCGGUCGAAGCGAUUGCGAACACAUUCCUGCGCCGUCCGAUCCGCGUGAUCGUGGGAGUGAAAGACUCAGCGACAGACACGAUCCAUCAGGAGCUGCUGUUCUGCGGAUCAGAGAUCGGGAAACUGCAAGCACUGCGAAACCUUGUCGUGGAGGGCAUCCAGCCGCCCGUGCUUAUCUUCGUACAAUCUAUUGAACGUGCGCAAGAGUUGUUCCAUGAGCUGCUAUACGACGGACUGAAUGUCGAUGUUGUCCAUUCCGAGCGGACUAAAGCCCAAAGGGAGGACGCAGUACGCCGGUUCCGGAAGGGCGAGGUCUGGGUGCUGAUCGCAACCGAGCUGAUGGCAAGGGGGAUGGACUUCAAAGGGGUCAAUUUGGUUGUCAACUAUGACUUCCCACAAACGGUUCAAAGCUAUAUCCAUAGGAUUGGCCGGACGGGACGAGCGGGCAGGCAAGGCAAGGCGGUGACCUACUUUACCAAGGAGGACGCGCCGUAUGUCAAAUCAGUAGCGAAUGUACUGAAAGCAUCUGGUCAGGAUGUACCCCAAUACAUGCUCGAUCUGCCCAAGCCGUCCAAGCUGAAGAAACGGGAACUGAAGCGUCAUCCUAUCGAGCGGAAGGACAUUGCGCGGGCCGCUGGGGCUGGAGUGGGGAGGAACCUGGCGAACAAGAAGCGGGAUAUGAUUUGUGCAUCAAAACGGCGGAAGACGGAGCCUGCGGGAGACAAAGGAGGGAAGGGUGAUAGCGUGGUGAGGCGGCAGGUCGUUCUGACAGAAGAUGAAUGAUGUUGUCUGUGUUGGGCGCUUACGAGAACAUAUCCGGUCUCUAUGACACAGCGCCAACGUGCAUCCAUUAAUAUUAUACCAUCCACCAGGAUAUAAUCAUAUAUAUU